AUGAGGCGCCGGAUGAAAGAAUGGCAACAGGAAAGGGAAGCUAUUAGCCGCGAAAUUCAGAUGGCCAACUCAAGCCAAGUCAUUGUCAUUGACAGUGAUUUGAGUGGCCCCCCGAGCCCUGAGGGUGGCAUAGCCGCUCCCGAAGCUGAUGAAGAGCGUGAGUGGGGCUCUGACAUCGACCGUGGAGAUGCAGAUGCACUAUCAGUACAUGCCCAACCCGAAGAAGAUCACUUUAGUGAGCAAGAGGAGGAAGACGAAGAUGAUGGGUACGAAGAUAUCUGGCAACAAGAAGCUAAUGAUAGAGGCGAUCUUUCGGACCGCUCGUCUGUUUCGUAUCGUCAUCAAAGCCUGGACGAUAACAAGCAGGAGUCUAGUCCUCAAUCAAAUAGCUCAAUAUCUGAAAGAAGUGUUAUCGGUAAUCCUUAUUCUCCCGCGUACUGGACCAAUGCCCACGACAAGGUGCCAUUUCUGGGCAAGUCGCGGAUCAAAGAGCUACGAGAACAGGAUGUUGAUAUUUCCACUUUGUUGCGUCCAGGGGCUACCCCCAAACGCUCGCAUUACUACUACGGGCAAAGCAGCCCCCCAAGUACAGAAAAUGGGCGAGAUUCCGAGCAGCCACAGUCAGCCGCAGUGUUCGAAAGUGAGGAGGCAAAGGAGGAUGAAUACGAGGAAGAAGCAGAAGAGGUGGAGGGGGCGACGCAGGAUGAGGAGGAUCACGUACUUGAAGAACCUCCGCAGUCAGAGGAUUAUCUGGCGUCAAGUCCCCAGGGAGCCCCAGGGGAAGAGACGUUCCAGCUGGAUCCAACUACGAAUUUUGAAAAUGCAAGGCAACACUCGGAUUUGUGGCUAGAGCGGCAUGGCGACCGGAAUCUUUCAGAUGCGGUUUCACCUGAACCACAAACCGCUCACGAGACACCUGUCCUCACCCCCGAACGCCCGCAGUCCUCCACUACCGGACAGCAAGCAUCAUCCUGGCUCCAAAAGAUUACCAAUCUGACGCCUCAGUGGCUGAGAGUACCAAACAGAAAAUCAAUUGAAGAGCCUGCUCUAUCUGUAUAUGACGAGGCUUCAGAAAACGAAGAUGAUUACGGGUCUCACUCGAGAAACGUGGAAGAAAACUACAUGGAGGAAACGCCAAGACCGCAUCGGGGCCAUGAACAACAUAGCUUUCCUAGCCCGUUAGACGACAAGUCGCCAAAUGUAAAAUCAAAAGACGAUACGUAUGAUCGCCCUUUGCCGUUGGCUGUCUCUGGAUAUUUCUCUGACGAUCACUACAUCCUCCUCCGUCGCCUUUAUCGCCUAGCAAAAAGACAUCCAGAACGUUUCCUUUACUACCCUGGUCCAGGGCGUUCAGAAAUCAUUGGUGAUUGGAUAUGGACGUCGGACGGCUUACAUGGAGUCCCCAUCACGGAGCGUCAGUUUGCCAUUAUUGACAGGUUCGUGCAGGAGUUGGCCAAGGCCGACCUACAGGCCGGUGGAACAGGCCAAGUUGGCUGGACAGAAGCCGAUUUGCAUAGAAGACUGAUCAGCGUGAUCAUUGGCGAACAGAUUCGGGAAGAGAUGAAAGCACGACUGCACGACGAACAAUCAACAGCGGGGCAUUCGAGAAGAAGGCGUGCCCCUACUAGUUCGUGGUACUGA